AUGCGCAGCCCAUUCAUCAUCAUUCGGUUCAUCUUCUUCUGUCUGCUGUUGUAUUUGAACCUUCUUACGCUCGUCUUUGCUGUCUUGAAUGUUUCAUCUGCCUCCUCCGCCGGUCUCUCUGUCCCCGGCACACAAGUCCUACUUAUUUUCACGAACUGCCUCACACUCCUCCUCCUCGCUCUUGGGCUUCUACCUAUGAUAUGGUCUAAAUCAGCUUUUGCGAAUCUUACUCUCGAAUGCAUGUGGACCUUGGUGUUAUCGUUGCUGCAGAUGGGGGCCGCAAUUGGGUCGGCAGCCAGUAUUUCACUCAUGAUCCGCGAACCCACCGAUCCAAGUGUUGCAGUGUCUUCGGUGCUCCUUCUUCCCACAUCGUGGCUCUUGAGCGUUUUGCAACUGGCCUAUUUCUUCACGAUCUUGAUCACAGCAAUGAUACACGCUCGCCAUGAACCGGAGGUGUGGAGAUCAAGCAUCUACACCAUCAAGUGGUUCGGUUUCUCAAACGUCAAGAUCAAAACUACAGAUAUAAGUGGACCUAGACCUAAAUCCGGAUACGAAAACGAUUCAUGGACCCUUUAUCUGGAGGAUAUAGAAUCCACAGCCGCCCGGAAAGCCAGGCAUACCCUUUCUCCUUCCGAGAAACCGGCUUGGGCUCCAAUUUCUCAACGUAGAGGUGUCGAUCCACCGUUUAUGAGGCGCGAUAAGACACCACGCUCGUCCGUUUCUACCGAGCAUGUUACUCCACCUCUCAAAGCCGAAGUAAAAGGGGGAUCACGCUUUAUUGAGCGAAUUUGCGAUUUGACCAUCACCCGACCCCCCAACAACCCGACCUCCUUUCCUAGCGAAGUGGAGGAUCACGAUAAACCUAUCCCUAUUCCUCGCAUCUCCAAGUGGAUGAGCGCAGAGGCUCUCAAGGGCUUCGGUGUGGGACACUAG